GUCGAUAUGUUUUCUUCUAUACUCGAUUGCUUUGUUACGGAGUUAAAAUGUGGAGGCAUAGUGAUAGGGUGCCUUUUUGAUCAUAGGAUAGCGGAUGGGUACUCGGCUGACAUGUUUAUCUCAUCAUGGGCAGACAUAACUCGUACAGGAACUCCGUCUAUGUUUCCCACCUUUGAAAGAUCCUACCUCAAUCCGAGGUGUCCACCUAUUUAUUCCACAUCAAUUGACAAUAUGUUUGCUCCCUUUUUGCCACUAUCCAAGACUGUAAAUGAUCAAAAUGACGAUAAUGGAGACCAUUCACUCGUUAAUCGCACAUUUUAUGUUGAGGGUGAGCAAAUUAAAAGGCUACAACUGUUGGCAAGUGAGAAUGGGUGCAUGAGGUCAAAGGUAGAGGCAUUUACCUCCUUCUUGUGGAAGAAAAUUGCACUGAGCAUGGAAGACUCCGGGAAGCACAACAGAGUGUGCAACGUGGCUGUUGCAGUCAAUGGAAGGAGAAGAUUGAGUGAGGGAGAUGGAGAAGAGAAAGAAAAACUGAUGGCUUCAUACUUUGGCAAUGUUAUAUCAAUGCCUUAUGGGUCGAAAAGAGCACAGGAGUUAAGGGGGAUGUCAUUGGCUAAUGUUGCUACGGAGGUCCAUGAGUUCUUGCAGACUGCAACUAAUAAAGAGCAUUUCCUGGAACUCAUAGAUUGGGUGGAAGAAAAACGGCCACAACCACUGACAUCAAAGGCAUUUGCCGGUGAAGAAAUGUCGGUGAUGGUGUCAGCAGGACAAAGGUUUCACACCAUGGACGCAAUAGAUUUCGGGUGGGGUAAGGUGGCUUUUGGAUCAUGUUAUGUACCAUCUGAAAGCACGGACUUUUUGGUGAUGAUAAUGCCUGGACCAGUCAACGAUGAGGAUUGGAUUGUCUACAUGCAUUUGCCACUGAAACACAUAAACUACAUCGAGGUAGAUGCUAGUGACGUGUUGAAGCCAUUGAACGUUGAUUAUCUCAAGCUUUAACUCAAGUUACAUAAUUCACUGGGAUUGUGUUAAUUGGAUUGAUGUUUUAGUUUGGAAAAAUAAUUUUAUUGAUACCUCCUAAAUUGACGUUGCAAACGUUAACUAUGUUGUGUUUGCUUGUGUGGUUUGGAUUUGUUCUCAAUAAUUUGAAAGUGUGUAUUUGAAUCUUAUCCUUAUUUUCAAA